CCCCCCCCCCCGCCCUCUCUCUCUCUCUCCAUUCCCUUCUCAAUCUCAAAUCAGAUACUCAAAAAUCCGAUCUUUUUUCCCAAUUUCUUCCCUUUUCCUAGAUCUAAAAUUUUGCAUUUACCCCCGAAUUCCACCUUUUCUUUCUCUUUUCACUAGUCUUUUUCCUCACUUUUACGCCUGGAUCUUUAAACCUUUUCGCCAUGGACGAAACCAACAAGUUUUACAACGUGGGGUUGCUCGUUGUGGCCACCAUUGUUGUGGCCAAGCUCAUUUCUAUGCUCAUUAUGCCCAGAUCCACCAAACGUUUGCCCCCAGUGAUAAAGUCUUUGCCUUUGAUUGGUGGGCUCGUGCGGUUCUUGAAAGGACCCAUUGUGAUGCUCCGUGAGGAGUAUCCAAAACUGGGGAGUGUCUUUACUGUGAACUUGGUGAAUAGAAAGAUUACUUUUUUUAUUGGCCCUGAAGUGUCAGCUCACUUCUUUAAGGCCUCGGAAUCCGACUUGAGUCAGCAGGAAGUUUAUCAGUUUAAUGUGCCGACUUUUGGCCCUGGAGUUGUGUUUGAUGUGGAUUAUUCUAUAAGGCAGGAGCAGUUCAGGUUCUUUACUGAGGCUCUAAGAGUGAACAAGUUGAAGAGUUAUGUAGAUCAGAUGGUUGCAGAAGCUGAGGAUUACUUCUCAAAAUGGGGAGACAGCGGUGAGGUGGACCUAAAGUACGAGCUGGAACAUCUGAUCAUCUUGACAGCCAGUAGAUGUCUCCUUGGUCGGGAAGUUCGUGAUAAGCUUUUUGAUGAUGUGUCUGCCUUGUUCCAUGACCUUGACAACGGAAUGCUCCCUAUUAGUGUUCUUUUCCCAUACCUGCCAAUCCCAGCUCACCGCCGCCGUGACCGGGCUCGUAAGAAGCUUGCAGAAAUUUUUUCUAGCAUCAUUUCUUCCCGUAAAUGUGCUGGAAAGUCAGAAAACGACAUGUUGCAGUGCUUCAUCGAAUCAAAGUACAAAGAUGGCCGCCCAACAACUGAUUCUGAGAUCUCUGGCUUACUCAUUGCCGCACUUUUUGCUGGACAACACACCAGCUCAAUCACCUCCACUUGGACAGGGGCUUAUCUCCUAAAGAACAAGCAAUUCCUGUCUGCUGUGGUUGAGGAACAGAAAAACCUGAUGGGAAAGCAUGGGAAAAAAAUCGAUCAUGAUAUCUUAUCUGAGAUGGACACUCUAUACCGAUGCAUUAAGGAAGCCCUGAGACUCCACCCUCCACUAAUCAUGCUUCUUCGCAGUUCACACAGUGACUUUAGUGUGACAACCCGAGAGGGGAAAGAGUACGACAUACCAAAGGGACACAUUGUUGCAACAUCACCAGCAUUUGCAAACCGACUUCCUCACAUUUACAAGAACCCAGACACUUACGAUCCUGACAGGUUUUCUCCUGGAAGAGAAGAAGACAAAGUGGCUGGGGCAUUCUCCUACAUUUCCUUCGGUGGUGGUCGACAUGGGUGCCUUGGCGAACCCUUUGCAUACCUGCAGAUAAAGGCCAUAUGGAGCCAUCUAUUGAGGAACUUUGAAUUGGAGCUGACAUCACCAUUCCCUGAGAUUGACUGGAAUGCAAUGGUGGUUGGUGUGAAAGGGAAGGUGAUGGUGCGGUACAAGCGGAAGGAACUUUCUGUUUGAUUAGCAGGAAAAUCUUAGUGGAUAAGUUGGCAGGUUUAAAGUUGUUAUUGCAUGUUCUUUAGGAUGUUAUAACCCUCUUCACUAAGGUUUUGUUUAACUCAUCUGCUACUUGGUACCAUUUCUUAUGUGUUAUUGAAGUUCUUGUCUCUUUGGUAUUGGAUUCUAGCCUUUGUUUUUGUGCA